AUGGUGAUGGCGGACACCCUCACGUCCACUGAUCCAGUUGGGGUGCCGUGUCACGACCUGGGCGAGACCAGCGUUGUGCACGUCCUGAAAGGAGAGGCGGCGUGGGUGUCAUGUCCCCUCUUCGGCAACGACUCAUCGUCACGUGACCUGGAGUGGUCCCGCCUCCUCCAAGGGGAAGAGCGGCCAAUCGUGAACAGUGAGCGCCUGAGGAAAGAGCAUGACUGGUUGUUUUUUCAGCCGGCGGAGGAAGAGGAUACAGGUCACUACAUCUGCAUGAUACGCAGCUCCCACGGACAUCACUCACCCUGCUCCAAGAUGGCCGUGCACGUGCUUGUGGUCCAGAACGCACCGACACCACGACCAGUUUUGAAAUGCGACUUGCCCGUGACGCCGGAGCCGGUUCAGGUGCCUGUUCCUCUGCAGGUUGACGCCGUUUUGGACUGCCCGGACUGGUGGGACGCCGACCAGAUUUCUGACGACACUCCCAAAGUCACCUGGUACCACUGGCAGGAGUGCCAGCCGCCCGACAGAUGGACGAGCGAUCGCGAGCAGGACGGCGCCCGCCUGCUGAUUCACCUGAUGACCGAAAACUACCAAGGUCUUUACUUGUGUCAGGUGUGCUUCCGGAAUCGAGGACGUGAGCUUUACUUCACUCGCGCUGUCAAUAUCAGCGCUGUCUCGCCACCUUCCGCGCCCAAAGAUCCCGUGAUUCUCCUACCGGCGGCGGACCACGUUGUCACUGUCUCGCCAGGCUCCAACGUGAGUCUGACAUGCAGGGGGAGGUUCCCUUACUUGGACUCGGACUGGUACAUCUGGUGGAGUGUGGACGGGAAGACGCUGGAGCAAGUGGACCAGCCCCGAUUCUCCGUGAAAAACAGUCGGGUGAGCUCCAAGCUCGGCGAUCGCGUCGAGGAGAGCGUCCUGCUGAUCCGGGACUUUGCCGCCGAGGACCUGCCCAAGGCCUUCAAUUGCUCGGUGAGGAACGGGCGAGGCUUCCAAACGCGGAGAGCUCGCCUUGAGGAAGAAGUGCGAGCGCCGACGGUGGAGUUAGCUUGCGGUCUGGGCGUCGCCCUGGUCUUGUCGCUGGUCCUGCUGGGGAUCUCCCGCCUCUUCUGGCUGGAAUUGCUUCUGCUCUACAGAUCCCGCUUCGCUAGCGACGAGCGCUACACAGAUGACAAGGAGUUCGACGUGUACAUUUCGUACGCCAGGAACAGCGAGGAGGAGAAGUUUGUCCUUCAGACCUUCCGCACGGUCUUGGAGAAGCAGCUGGGCUACACCGUCUGCAUUUUCGACCGAGACAGCCUGCCGGGCGGGACCAUCACGGACGAGACUCUGCGUUUCGUGGCUCGCAGUCGCCGCCUGGUGGUGGUGCUGGGUCCCGGUUACGCUCGCCAGGGCUCCCAGGCGCUGCUGGAACUCAAGGCGGGCGUGGACGGUUUGGCGGGCGGGCACAUGCGCCUCAUUCUGGUCCAGUACGAGCACGUGCGACGGCGAGAGUGGGUGCGCGAGCUGAGGAGGGCCCGCGUGGCGCUGGACGUGCUGCGCUGGCGGGGAGAGCGCUCGCGGGAGCUCACGUCGCGCUUCUGGAAGGAGAUGAGGGUGGCGCUGCCCGUCAGGAAGUCGCCGGACAACCGGGAGGCGGAGCUAAAGGGGACGAACAAUCGGGAACGGUCUCCUUUGGACGUUUGA